UCUUGCUCCUAUAUAUCACACCCUUCCAAGCACAACCACCUGCGUUUGCCUGUUAUGCGAAUGCUAUGCAUUCGGACGCGACUCCCAUAACAUCACAAACUCACCUAGUCGUAGUCAGAACAAGUCCCACAUAGUCCAUGAUGUCCUCAUCCACAAACUCAAAUCAAGUAGUCACCCUAGUUUCUCGCCAUUCCGCCUUUCUACCUUUCUCCCUCAGUCGGUACAGACGCCAAUGGUUCCUCACCUAUCCGCGCCCGUACGGUAUGACGUCCCCACAAGGCCAACGCAUCCACAGUAUGCUCAAUAUCCCCGAUACGAGCGUUGAUGAAGCAUAUGCGCGUCGACACUUCUGGCUUUACGAUCCAGACUCUCUACCUUAUAGUCCUGAGAAGGACAGUGAUGAAAGGUUCAUUGGGUCUCGCAUACACAUCCUCCUUGAUUCCGAAACGCCUGUAGUCAAACUUACCGGGCGCACGCGCACCGAACAAUCCAAGUCUCCUAGAGACUACGGGAAAGAGUUUACGUGCUACGAGUUCGAGGUGUUGAUACCAGAUGAGGGCCUAUUGAGACAAUGUUAUUAUUGUUUUGCUUGGGAAGGGGAAGGCCCAAUGACACGUUUUACGGCCUGCGGGGACGAUGUGUUCUGGUGUGAAGAGUGCAAAGAACAAGGCAAGGUAGUUGCAUCCGUUAGCGGCAUUGCUGACAAGUUCUAUCGCGAUAUCCUCGCUCCCACUUUCGAUAGGAAUACUGUUGCCCGAGAUAGCUUGUACUAUUACUGAGGAAGUUGUCGUUUUGUCGAGGACGAGGAAUUUGUUUGCAUGCUGGGCACGUUAUGUACUAUAUAUGGUUAUUCCUUCCGUUGUUCCUAAUAUUCUUUUUGGUCGGCUUCUUACCAUUUCUUGCUCUACCUUGGUCACGGAUGCCAACCGCAUCUUCCUUUUCUAUGUGAAUAGUGGUCUGACUAUCCCAUGCUAGGGGUGUUAAAGUUAUUAUGCUGC